AUGACAGGAACGAAGGAGGGCAAGAAGGACAAAGGAACGGAGGAGGGGACGAUGGAUGAGGAAACCACGGACCUCGUUCAGUACCUGAUCAUCCGGAAGGAUCUUGGUUGGCCUCUGGGCGCUAUGAUUGCUCAGGGCGCCCAUGCAGCCGUGGCGGCAACAGAGAUGUUUCGAGAUGACUUGGCAACACGUGUGUACCUUGAGUCUCUCGAGACGAUGCAUAAAAUAGUAUUGGGCAUCGACGGAGAACGUCAACUCACAGACCUGGGCGAAGUUCUUGCGGCGAAAGACGUCAAACACUAUUGCUGGAGGGAGCAGCCCGAGAAUAUACCCACUGUCAUUGCCCUCAAACCUUACAACCGUAAAAAGGUUAAUUCCCUAUUCAGAAAAUUGAAGUUGCUCAGCUAG